GGCCGGGCGCCGCGGCGAUAACCGCGCCGGGGCUGUGUGUGUAGGCAGCGGCGCCAGAGGAGGAGGAGCAGGAGAAUGCAGCUGCGACCGCGGCCCCAAGAGGGAGCCGCCGCUGCUCUGUGGCCAGGGGGGCCCAGGUACUGGAAUCAGGCCUGGGGGUCGCGUCGCUGAGGGGACUGGUAACGGCGGUCCCUCCAGAGGCUCAGGCCUAGUACCCUAGGAGGGUCCGGGCCGCUGGGCGAGCGCCUUCCCCCCAUCGCCUCCCCUCGUCCCUCCACGUCGAUGGUGGUGAAGUUGGCGGCGCCACGGAGCGCAAGGCACCAAGCUGUCUCCCUUGCACCCAGCUCCUCUCUGGCCCCGGCUGUUGGACACCUGCGCCGCCGCCUUCUCUCGCCCGCCGAGCCCACCCCCGGCGGCGGGCGGGGGAGGGGCUCCCCCCUGCAGGGGCUGCGUCGAGCAGGGCGACGACGGGGACCAUAGGAGAGUAGGGGAAGAAGCCAAGAAUUGGGAGUUUUCUGCUGAUCAUGCUAUGCUAAGCUGGGCAGAGAGACCAUGGCGAGAAAUAGACUAAAUAGCCAAGUUGCAAGAUGCCACUGCUUCUUUUAAGAAUGAUGGGUUUUCCAGGUGAUACUUGAAAGAAGAGAUAAUGACCACCUAUCUCCUUCAUCCUGGUCACACAGGAAGGUAGGCUAUGGACUACUUUCGGCAUUUCUGCCUCAGCAACAGAGGAUAAAAGCCAUGUUGUGAUGGAUAAGUCACAAAAGUAAAAAAUACAGACAUGGACUACAGGCCUCCAAAGAAGAAUUGAGCAUGCUGAGGAUCGAUGCCAGACAUUGGACAUUUUUGAGGUGUUAAGAGAGCAUAAAGAGUGUUUUUCUAUUGCUACCACAGCUAAGAAUGUGCUGGGUCACACCUGAAGCCAUCCCAGUACCAGGUUUCACCCAAGGCCCAUGGGACUGGUAACAUCUGAACAUACCAAACCACACAGUCAAACUCUUGCACCAUCACUACCACGACAUUUUACUACAAAAGAAUGCCACUGCAUGUGGAUUCCAAGCAGGCUAAAAAAAAAAAGAACUGAUUAGACCUCAGACGACCCACUAAACGGGAUGACGGCCACAGCUGAGGUAGAGACACCAAAAAUGGAGAAGAGUGCCUCCAAGGAAGAGAAGCAGCAGCCUAAGCAGGACAGCACAGAGCAGGGCAAUGCUGAUUCUGAAGAGUGGAUGAGCUCUGAGAGUGACCCUGAACAGAUAAGCCUUAAGAGUAGUGACAACAGCAAGAGCUGCCAACCUAGGGAUGGUCAGUUGAAGAAAAAGGAGAUGCACUCCAAGCCACACCGCCAGCUCUGUCGAUCACCCUGCCUAGAUCGUCCAAGUUUCUCCCAGAGCAGCAUUUUACAGGAUGGUAAACUUGACUUGGAGAAGGAAUACCAAGCUAAGAUGGAGUUUGCGCUAAAGCUGGGCUAUGCAGAGGAACAGAUUCAAUCAGUGCUAAACAAGCUGGGCCCCGAAUCACUUAUUAAUGAUGUAUUGGCAGAACUUGUCAGACUUGGGAACAAAGGUGAUUCAGAAGGGCAGAUCAACUUGAGUCUGUUAGUGCCUCGUGGGCCCAGCUCCAGAGAGAUUGCAAGCCCUGAAUUGUCUCUUGAAGAUGAAAUAGAUAACAGUGACAAUUUGAGGCCAGUUGUCAUUGAUGGAAGUAAUGUGGCAAUGAGCCAUGGGAAUAAAGAAGAAUUCUCCUGCAGAGGAAUACAGCUUGCUGUGGAUUGGUUUCUAGAUAAAGGCCAUAAAGAUAUUACUGUAUUUGUGCCUGCAUGGAGAAAGGAGCAAUCCCGCCCUGAUGCACCAAUUACAGAUCAAGAUAUUCUACGAAAACUGGAGAAGGAAAAGAUUCUUGUCUUCACACCAUCCCGAAGAGUCCAAGGCAGGAGGGUUGUCUGCUAUGAUGACCGGUUCAUAGUCAAACUGGCUUUUGAUUCUGAUGGCAUCAUUGUGUCCAAUGAUAACUACCGAGACCUUCAAGUUGAAAAGCCAGAAUGGAAGAAGUUUAUAGAGGAGCGGUUGCUGAUGUAUUCUUUUGUGAAUGACAAAUUUAUGCCUCCAGAUGAUCCACUAGGACGCCAUGGCCCAAGCCUUGAAAAUUUCUUAAGAAAGAGACCCAUUGUUCCUGAGCAUAAGAAGCAACCAUGUCCUUAUGGCAAAAAAUGCACCUACGGCCACAAGUGCAAAUACUACCAUCCGGAGCGGGCCAACCAACCCCAGCGUUCGGUGGCUGAUGAGCUCCGCAUCAGUGCCAAACUGUCCACAGUGAAAACUAUGAGUGAAGGCACCCUGGCCAAGUGUGGCACAGGGAUAUCUAGUGCCAAAGGUGAGAUAACCUCAGAGGUCAAACGUGUGGCCCCCAAGCGCCAAUCAGAUCCCAGCAUCCGGUCUGUGGCUGUGGAGCCUGAGGAAUGGCUGUCCAUUGCCCGUAAGCCUGAGGCUAGUUCUGUCCCCUCGCUGGUGACUGCCCUAAGUGUUCCCACAAUCCCACCCCCCAAAAGCCAUGCAGUGGGUGCACUCAACACCCGUUCGGCCAGCAGCCCAGUGCCAGGAUCCUCCCAUUUCCCCCACCAGAAGGCCUCUUUGGAGCAUAUGGCCAGCAUGCAGUAUCCUCCCAUCCUGGUUACCAACAGCCAUGGGACCCCUAUUAGCUAUGCUGAGCAAUACCCAAAGUUUGAAUCCAUGGGGGACCAUGGCUACUAUUCAAUGUUAGGUGACUUCUCCAAACUGAACAUCAACAGCAUGCACAACCGAGAGUAUUACAUGGCUGAAGUAGACCGGGGGGUGUAUGCCCGGAAUCCUAACCUCUGUUCUGACAGCCGUGUGAGCCAUACCAGGAAUGACAACUAUUCCUCUUACAACAACGUGUAUUUGGCUGUAGCUGAUACCCAUCCUGAAGGCAAUUUGAAGCUGCACCGCUCAGCAUCCCAGAACCGACUUCAGCCUUUUCCUCAUGGUUACCAUGAAGCCUUAACACGAGUGCAGAGCUAUGGCCCAGAGGAUUCUAAGCAAGGCCCCCACAAACAGUCAGUCCCCCACUUAGCUCUGCAUGCCCAGCACCCAUCAACUGGAACACGUUCCAGCUGUCCUGCAGACUACCCCAUGCCUCCCAAUAUCCAUCCUGGGGCAACCCCCCAGCCAGGCCGUGCCCUGGUGAUGACUCGGAUGGAUAGCAUUUCUGACUCCCGCCUCUAUGAGAGCAACCCCGUGAGGCAAAGACGACCUCCCCUGUGCCGGGAACAGCAUGCCAGCUGGGACCCGCUGCCCUGUGCAACUGACUCCUAUGGCUACCACUCCUAUCCCUUGAGUAACAGCCUCAUGCAACCAUGUUAUGAGCCAGUCAUGGUACGGAGUGUGCCUGAAAAGAUGGAGCAGCUUUGGAGGAAUCCUUGGGUUGGAAUGUGCAAUGAUUCCAGGGAGCAUAUGAUCCCAGAGCACCAGUAUCAGACCUACAAGAACCUCUGCAAUAUUUUCCCUUCUAACAUCGUCCUUGCAGUGAUGGAGAAGAAUCCCCACACAGCAGAUGCCCAGCAACUGGCAGCCUUGAUUGUUGCUAAGCUUAGGGCUGCACGUUGAUAUGACAUAGUACUGAUUUCUUUAUACAAAUAUGAAUAUUAAUACUAAUAAUACACUAAUACAAUAAUUAUAGUAACUAAUAAUUUGUGUUGCGCUUUACAAGUUACAGAGUGUUUAUAUCAUUUAAGCGCUUAACAACCCUGUGAGGUACGUCUUACUAACAACCUCUUUUAUAGAGAAGGAAGGUGAAGGUCAGUGAAAUUAAGUGGCUAGCCAGGGUCACACUGCUAGCAAAUGACUAACUCAAGACACACACCCAAGUCCUCUAAAUCCAAGUCCCAUGCCCCUUUGCACUGCACCAUGCAGGUAAUGGAGGACAAAACCCAGGGGGAGAGGUCUAGAUGUAAGAAAUCCCAGAGGAUUCCAUUACCAGAGUUUUCCUUUUUUUCUUUUCGUUUCUUUUUUCUUUCUUUUUUUUGAGACAGAGUCUCACUCUGUUACACAGGCUGGAGUGCAGUGGCACUAUCUCUGCUCACUGCAACCUCCGCCUCCAGGGUUCAAGCGAUUCUAUGGCCUCAGCCUCCCAGGUAGCUGGGAUUACAGGCUUGCACCACCAUGCCCGGCUAAUUUUUGUAUUUUUAGUGGAGACGGGGUUUCACCAUGUUGGCCAAGCUGGUCUCAAACUCCUGGCCUCAAGUGAUCCGCCCACCUCAGCCUCCUAAAGUGCUGGGAUUACAGGUGUGGGCCACUGCGCCCAGCCUACCAGAGUUUUCAUAGUCACAUAUUCUAUAUUACAAAGUAUGGAUGAUAUAUCCAAUUUUAGAGAGCAAAAGCAUCAGGAUCAGAUCAUAUGUUGAAUUAACCUUUUAGGUUUUUUCUAAUAGAAAUAUUUAAAGCUAUUUAAAAGUAAAUGCAUACUUUAUUGCAUGGAUAUCUGAUCAUUCAAUCUUUAUUAACGAAGCUAUAGGGUCACAUUGAAGCUUCUAGAACUAUAUUUUAAAUCUAUUAUUAACAACUAUAUUGCAUGUAUGAAUAUAUAUAUUUGGUUUGAGAUGUAUGUGUAUCUCUGUAUAACGUUUUAUAUAGUGAUAAUGAGAGGGUAGGCUCUACACAGUCCAUCUAUAGCUGUAUAGGUCACUAAUCUGACUUGAUGAUUUUAAGUCACAUUUCACAGUUUCAACUAGUUAUGAGAGUGAAAUUAUAUGGCAAUAUUUGAACAUUGCUUUCUUAGGCACCAGAGCAAAGCAACUCUGUUUCCUUUGCACAUUUUACCUGCCAACAUUUAUUAACAGUUCUUACCUUCCAAGUCUCUUCACCUUAGCAAAUUAGGGAUCAGGUUGCAGUCUUCUGCAGAGAAACUGAUGGUUAAGCUCAAGUUCCAAGCAUAGUAUGUGUGUGCUACACAAGCUCAGAAGAGUUUGACAAGGACCAGGGGACUUACUACCACAAUCCACUUCCCUUAUCCCAGGAGAGAUGGCCAAACCCAUGUGGCAUUAAAUGGUGAAUAAAAAAGCUUCACUCAAGGAGGGACUAUUGGAUGCUCUUUGGACUUCUGACCUAUGCAGUAUUCAACAUUAUUGGAUGAAAUGUAAUGGAGGACAGUGCACAGCCAUGUAUCCACUUUCUCUUCCUGUCCACCCUUUGGGUAAUAAGGUCAACCAUUGGUGGAACAGAAUUUCUCUAGGAAACAAAACCAGGGGAUUUUCUUUGUGGAAAAAGGAAGUUUCCAAAAGGGGAUACUGCAUCUUUACUAAUAGCUGGCUCAGUUAUGCACUUUAAAUCCAUGCAAAGAGUGCACUUGCUGUUAAAUAAUUGUUAGAUGAGUUAUUAGAAGGCAGGACUUUUGGUUUGGGCGACACCAUUUGCGCAACUUGUAUCUUGCUCAGGGUGGAAAACUUCAUAGCUAAAUGCCUCUAGAAGAGGUGUUUAUUGUUUUUUUUAAGCUGCACUGAACGAAUUCCCUUUUUGAAUCCAUUGUAUAUUUCAAUAUUUCGAACCAUGAUCAGCUCACUGUUUCCUGAGCUGGAACUUGCUAACUUCUAUGAUCGUUUUUUCAUGAAAGUUGAGAAGGCCGGGCCUUGGCCUUUUGUUUCUUCAUGAGAAGGUGUGACACUGCCUAUAAAUGUUUCUUACUGUGAAACACUCUGAAUGUGAGGCUGUAGUCAGGGUUGUUUCUGGUGGUUUGACAAUGGCUUGCAUGCUGCUUUCUGGCUUUCUGUCUCUGUCCAAGUUGAUCAAUACUGCAUCUUAACCAAUGUUUCACUUGAGUUAACCACAGCUUUACAUUCUAUCUCCUAUCCUCUGAUCUUCAUAUACCCCAGCAUAUUGAAAAAGAGUAAAAGUAUUUUCUAUCAGGUAGAUCCACAGAGUGACAGUUGCCACUGCAGUGCUUGCUAUUUCACACAAACACCAUUUCAUACCUUCAACUUCUUGGACUUUCUAAAUCGGACCCGUGUCUAAAUCAGGGUAUUUGACAAUCUCAGAUGAUGCUACUGCCUAUGUGCCAGUUAGUUCAUCUUCCUACCAAGAUCAUGAAUGGCACCACACUAUCCACUAGCUGUACAAUUUACAGAGAAGCACAAGAUUCAUCUUGUCACCUACAAUUUGUCUUGAACAUGUUCAUAUUUAGUACUCAAAAAGUGUGUAAGCUCCUCCCAAUACAGAAAAUAUUUUUUAAGGCAGCAUAUGUAUUUCUGAUUUACUAAAAACGAUUGUCAUUCUCCUCUCAUUCUUCUUUUUGGUAUGAACCAAAAGCGGCUAGGAGCAAUGCCUCAAAUGACCAGAAAUGACCUUUUGUUGAUACAAAUUGUAUCUCUUUUUUUCCUGAUUGUAUAGAAACAAAUGUACAAAACUCAUCUUAAGCUAGGUUUGGCACUGAAUUUUCACCAUGAGGUUUGUGGCACUGUGUGUCACAGGGAAGUAGCUCAGGGGUUGUGAGGGAGCUUUUAUUUCUAAAGGGCAGUAGUAAUUUAUAGACAAAAACAAUUUUUCAAGGCCUCUUUAUUACCACUGCACAGCUAUCAUGUGUACAAUUUCAAGCAUUACAUUGCAUAAGUUCUCUUUAGCCUAUUAAAUUUAAUAUGUCCUUGCAAAAGGGAUUUUGUGUAAAAAGUGUCAGUGUUAGUGACUCAUCUGCAAGAAUCUGCAAAUGGAGCUAUACAACUAUGAAUACAUAAAUACAGCAUGGUUCCUAGUUAUUAGAGAAACAUUUUCUUUAUAUUGAGGUCUACGCACUUCUUGACUUUCCAUUUUGUCUGUAAUUAUAAAACAGCAAAUAACAAAGAAGCAUUGGGACCCCCUCGGCUGCCUUGAUAAUAAAAUCAAGCUUCCUUCAUGGGACUAAGCAUGUGUCCUUCAGGAUACUUACUUCUAAGCACUCAGCAGGGGUUACUAUAAAGCGUUUUGUGUGGUUUUCAAGAAACAGUAUAUUUUGCAAGAGGUGCUUUGUAAUUUUAAUUAUUUCACUGAUUUUCUGACCUCAUAGGAAGUCUGUGCCUGUUGAGGCCUUCAAUUUUGUAGCUUUUCUGAUUUUUUUUCUUCUUUUUGUGAUUUUAUUGUUGUUUUCAUUUUGAUCUAAAGGAGAAGUGUGACCCCGGAGUGGCAUGGUCAAUCCAGGGCACCCUUUCUGUAAGACAACUCAAAGGAAAAGAAGCCUUUUCAAAGGUAAUAUCGAGCCAUUGCACUCUCUCUUAAGGUGCCAGGUAUGGGAGAAUGACAGAUGCCUUAUGGAAAUGGUCUACAAAACUUUUCUUCUUCUAAGUAAUAAAACACAUAGCAUGAUUCUCUCUCCCUCUCUCUCUCUCUCUGCCCAUCCCCUGCUAGUUUCCAGGAGAAUACUUCUCUAAAAUUCAUUUUUUUCUAUUUUGGAAUAAAUUAUCUUUAUACAGUAAUUCAAACACUCAUUUCCAUUAACCUUUGGCCCUGAGUUUUCUUCUAACAUAGAAGAGUUAAUUUUGAGAGGCACUCAGUUACCAUUCAAUCUGUGCUGUAAGUAUGGGACUUUGUACAAAUGCCCUUUUUGAGGGCCAAAAAUUUCAAUACACUUUGUUCUACUUUGUGAACCAGGUCUGGAUCUGCACAGAGAAAGUAAUGCUGAGCUGUCCAAAGAGUCCGCUCAGGUCUCCCUCCUAACCCUCCUCUGCCUUCCCCUAGUUUGUUUAUCCUCACGUCUGACACUGAGGAGUGCAUAGUCUUCAACUGAAAUGGCACUACAGUUAGUUCUCAUUGGAAACAAACAAGUGUAUUUCUGGAACCUGCUUGUCUAAAAUAGUCAAUGCCUUUGUAAAGACUCAGCAUAUUCAAUAUCUAUUGUACGGUAGCUAGCUAUAUACAUAGAUUGACUAUUUUUAGUCCUGGUUUGUGUAUUGUUGAGCUAUAGUAGUUUGCUUUAUCCAUUUGUGGGAUUAAACAAUACUGUUUAAUGGUUGUAAACUUUUAUAAAAUCUCUUUGGGUUUUUUGUUUGACCCAAACAUAAUGUAAGUCUUAAUGACAAAAUACACAAAGUUAACCAGAGGUGAGUGAAAAUAUAGCCCUUCCCCAGUUUUGUCUGCCCCUAUAAUGCACGUGCAUUGCUUUGUAAUAUGCUCUCACUAGCAUGAAUGUGCUAUGACUACUUCAUGAGGUUUUGUUUCACCUAUAAUUGUGAUGGAAAAUGCUGUAUUGCUGACAACAAUGAACUGUAACCACAGUUAUUUACUGCAUAAACUAUUUGUCUACUAACCA